GUCACUCCCUCCGCUGUCAGUUGCUCCCUACGCGGUUCUAACUUGCAGUCGCAUUAACCAGUCUAGUCCCUGCCGCGUUUCCUCGUUUUUUGUUUCUUACAGAGUUAAACCUGUUGAGAUAAUGCGUUAAAGUCUGCGGUGUCUUCUGCUGGACAAACUGUCGUGUUUUCUUAGGUUUAGUUGAAAAGCAGCGGUUGAAAUGUCCAGCUGAGGACCGGAAAACCUGAAAACCACAGGGCCUGUUUUUGGAAUGAUUGGUCAAUACUUCGAUAAUGGCGCAAAAGGCACAAGUUUUGUAUGACUUCACAGCAGAGCCUGGAAACAACGAGUUGACAGUGAAGGAAGGCGAGACGAUCACAAUCACCAAUCCGAAUAUUGGAGGUGGUUGGAUUGAAGCACAAAACUCCAGAGGGGAGAUUGGACUGGUGCCAGAAGACUAUAUUGAGCUCAAUAAGUCGUUUCCGUCGUUUCCAGCAGCAGCACCUGCAGCGCCUGCUCCUAGUGUAGGAAAUGUCGCAGCUCCAGACCUGUCUUUUUUUGACGCAUAUGCACCUGCAUCAACACCUGCACAAAACCAGGCUAGUAACGGUAAUGAUCCCUGGUCGGUAUGGAACGCAGACCCCUCGGGGGGUUCCUCCAACAACUGGGCGUCCAAUCCAGAGGGAACCCAGACCGGAAAGAGUGCUGCCCCCGAUCCCUGGGCCUCCGUUUCACAUGGCCACCCUCAGGCUUACCAAGGCCCAGGAGCAGAUGAUGAUGAGUGGGACGAUGAGUGGGAUGAUGUGAAGUCCACUGGAGGUUAUGCUGAAUCAGAAACUGGAGAGGGCGGAGCAAUGCAGAGGGGCGGUGCUCAUGCAACAUCAAUGAAAAUCGCCCUUAACAAGUUUCCCGGGUUUUCCAAGUCUGGUCCUGAGCUCUACCUCCUAUGCAAACAGCUCGCUAAAGGCAAAGACAGGCUACCAAUCUAUAUGGGAGAAGUUGGACCAGUGUGGUUUUACCCAGAAACUCAGCUAGACUGCGUAGUAGCUGACCCCAAGAAAGGAUCAAAGAUGUACGGCCUCAAGAGCUACAUAGAGUACCAAAUCACACCCAAUACGACAAACAGGCCUGUUAACCACAGAUACAAGCAUUUUGAUUGGCUGUAUGAGCGACUCCUGGACAAGUUUGGGUCAGCCAUUCCCAUUCCUUCUUUACCAGACAAGCAGGUGACAGGGCGUUUUGAGGAAGAGUUCAUUAAGAUGCGUAUGGAGCGGUUACAGGGUUGGAUGACCAGGAUGUGCAGGCACCCUGUCGUUUCCAACAGUGAAGUGUUCCAGCUAUUCCUGUCAUACAAAGAUGAGAAGGACUGGAAGACGGGGAAGAGAAAAGCAGAGAAGGAUGAGACGGUGGGUGUUAUGAUCUUCUCCACAAUAGAGCCUGAAGCUUCAGAUCUGGACCCUGUGGAAGUAGAACAGAAAUGUGAACAGUUCAGCAGGUUUACCAAAGCCAUGGAUGACGGUGUGAAAGAAAUCCUCACAGUGGGCCAUGAGCACUGGAAGAGGUGUACAGGCCCUUUACCAAAAGAGUACCAGAGGAUCGGCAAAGCCUUCCAAAACCUCUCCUCUGUCUUCACCAGCAGUGGAUACCAAGGUGAAUCAACACUGACUGAUGCCUUGACUGCAGCAGGGAAGACAUAUGAGGAGAUAGCUCAGUUGGUGGCAGAGCAGCCCAGGAAAGACCUCCACUUCCUCAUGGAGACCAACAAUGAGUACAAGGGUCUGCUCGGAUGCUUCCCUGACACCAUCGGAGUCCAUAAGGCUGCCAUAGAUAAAGUGAAGGAGGGUGACAAGCUGGUCGCCACCAGUAAAAUUACCCCUCAGGAGAAAGUCACCAUGGCUAAACGACUCAGCACCAUGUCUUAUGCAUUACAAGCUGAGAUGAACCACUUCCAUAGCAACCGUAUCUAUGACUACAACAGGGUCAUGCAGUUAUACCUGGAGGAGCAAGUCAAGUUUUACGAGACGAUCGCUGAAAAGCUGAGACAAGCACACAGUCAGUUCACUACAAUGUGAAAGAAUGAUCAUCUGUCUCGCACUACAGUACACGACAAGAAGAGCUAAACCCUCCCAAAUAUCCCUGCUUUAUACUGCAUUCUUUUCCCUUCUUUUAAUUUAAACUUCACUUUUUCACUCUUUUUUUUUCAUUCAUCUAUUCCUUUGUGCUCAUGCCAACAGUCCCAGCUUAUGGUGUUACUUUUGUUCACUACUCCCACAAGUGUAUGAGCACACAACAAACAUGUGCAACAGUUGAGAAUGUUUGGAAACUUUUUGUUUGUUACCAGCGUGCCACCAAUGACAGCAGAAUUAAAUAUGCUGCACACACACCCUUUCCUCUGCCCAAAUUCCACAGCUUGGCUAUUAUAGGAGGUGAACUUCCAAGCCCCAGUUUGUGGGUUUGACUCGAUGCAGAGCUUCUCUAAUGUGAUCAAAAAGUGUUAAAACUAAAGGUGCCGAUGUGCAUGUAGUUCUAAAAUAACAUUCUGUGCAUGCACCGUCACAAUACUCAUACUUUUUAAAAACUUUGUACAUUUUUAACACUGUGGGAAGGAUAUGCACAUGUUGAAAUCAUCUACAAAGUGAUGAAACAAUGCACUGGCACCAGAAACCAAAGUCAUCCUUCCUUGUCAGUAGGAGCGACAGGAGGGUUCACAACUAAAUAGAGCACUGACAGAAAAUCAGAGCUUUAUCUGUGUUUUAUUUUUCUUUUUUUCUAGUCAAUUCUGGAUGUCAUUGGGUGGAGUUUCAUUAUUUUUGCUUCUAUAAAUAGUUAAUGUUUUCAAUAGCAGUUGUCCAAGAACUCAAGUUGUGAUGCUUGUGUGUUUGUGUGUAUGUGUGUGUGUCCUCUGUAUGUCCACACUGCUGGCAGUGCCGAGGCCCUUUCAUUCUGCACUUCCUUAAUGUUUAACAGGAAGCUCCAUCUCCUUCCUGUUGUACCCACGUGCCUUAAGUCUUUGAGGAAAAUAGAAAUGCUUACAUAUUUGCCCCCAGCCUGUGAACCAUGAUACUGCAGUUUACAUUUUAGAAAAGACGACAGUGUGGCAUAAAAAUACUGAAGUGUUGGAUUGUUUUGUAUUUUUCAUUAGAGCUAAAAGUAAAUGACUAAUGCCUCCUUGUACGACAUGCCACACGUUACCGGUCCAGGUUCUCCUGAAGAAUAUUUGUCCUUUUCUCAAUAGAUUUUGUUUUAUAUGAAGGUGUAUUAGCACUAUGAAGUAUAGUCUGUGCUAUAAAAAGAGUUUUGGACGGAGCCAUGGAAUGUGUCCCAUAUGCAACCUUUCUUUUGCCUUUCACCACGCAGUUUGCAAUCAGCCUUUAAUCUUGUUCACUUUUUGUUUCCUUAUCACUUAUUAUAUUAAAUAUAGAAGUGAUAAAUAAAUCUAUAAAUAUAUAUAUAUAUAUAUAUAUGCUUUUGGACCUAUCAGGUGCUUCUUGUCAUUGAGAUACUAUUUUAUGUAUAGAACUAUUUGCAAUAUGUAACUCAUAAAGAGGAUUAAAAUUCUGUUUGAUUUAUUAAACAAUGAUUUGUACU